AGAGCGCAGAUAAUGUUACAUGCCGACGAGAGGGAUUCAAUCAGGAGAGGCGCACGGUUGGCUCAAUUUGGGAUUCGAACUGGUUUUGGCAGGUAAGGGUGCCACGAAGUAACGAGGUUAGCUAGCACCUUGUAGAUGGUCUUAUUUUCAAAAUGAGGUUAAGAGUUGGAUUUAUUCUUCGUAGUGUAAUAGUUAUUGCCACAUUCUUAGGGCUUGUGUUGCUUUGGUCUUCACUUUCGCCGAAAGAGCACGACGAAAAUCCCUUUGCUAAACGGGAGGGAGAUGCCCCUAUCCUCUUGCCUAAGAAUGACAUUGCUGACCAGUUCAAACCCGUGGUCCCCUGGCCCCACGUGGAAGGGGUCGAGGUGGACCUGGACUCCAUCCGACAGAAGAACAGAGGAGACGACAAGCUGGUUCCUGGCAAACCAGCCGGCGGUGCUCAGAACCAGCAGAAUGUCAUCCAGAAACAGUAUGUCACCUUCAAGCCCCACACCAAUGUCUACUCGGCACCCGUCCUAAGGAAGGGGACCCUGGGAAACUUUGAGCUCAAGGAGCCGGAGCCCCACGGGGUGCAGGAUGGGCCUGGGGAGGGGGCGAAGCCGUUCGCCCUGGGAGCGGAGUACCACGAGGCCGCCCAGGCCAGCAUUAAGGAAUUUGGCUUCAACAUGGUGGCCAGCGACAUGAUCUCCCUAGACAGGACCAUCAGCGACAUUCGCCAUGAAGAGUGUAAGUACUGGCACUACGACGACAACCUGUUGACGUCCAGUGUCAUCAUCGUGUUUCACAACGAGGGCUGGUCCACCCUGAUGAGGACGGUCCACAGCAUCAUCAAGAGAACGCCCAGACGAUACCUGGCCGAGAUCGUCAUGAUCGACGACUUCAGCAACAAAGUGCACCUGAAGGAGAGACUAGAAGAGUACAUUAAGCAGUGGAACGGCCUGGUCAAACUGCACCGCAAUGAGAAGCGAGAGGGCCUCAUCCAGGCUAGGAGUAUAGGAGCCCAUGUAGCCACCCUGGGACAGGUUCUUAUCUAUUUAGACGCUCACUGUGAAGUCGCUGCCAACUGGUACGCCCCUCUGGUGGCCCCCAUAUCCAAGGACAGAACGGUGUGCACGGUCCCUCUCAUAGACUCCAUAGAAGGCCAGACAUUCCGAAUUGACCCACAAGGGGGAGGGGACGAGGAUGGCUUUGCCCGCGGAGCAUGGGACUGGAGCAUGCUCUGGAAGCGUGUGCCCCUCAGUAGCAGGGAGAAGGAGAAGAGAUUAACUAAAACUGAGCCCUAUCGGUCUCCUGCCAUGGCUGGGGGGCUGUUUGCCAUUGAGAGGGACUUCUUCUUUGAGCUGGGCCUCUAUGACCCAGGACUGCAGAUCUGGGGAGGGGAGAACUUUGAGAUAUCCUAUAAGAUCUGGCAGUGUGGUGGCCAGCUGCUCUUCGUGCCGUGCUCCCGCGUGGGCCAUAUCUACCGCCUACAGGGCUGGCAGGGCAACCCACCCCCUGCCCACGUUGGCUCCUCGCCCACACUUAAGAACUACGUGCGUGUGGUGGAGGUUUGGUGGGACGACUACAAGGACUACUUCUACGCAAGCCGGCCGGAGACCCUCACCCUGGCCUACGGGGACAUCAGCCAGCUCAAGAAGUUCAGAGAGGAGCACCGCUGCAAGAGCUUCAAGUGGUUCAUGGAAGAAAUUGCUUAUGACAUCCCCAUGAACUACCCACUGCCCCCCAAAAACGUGGAGUGGGGAGAGGUCCGUGGAUAUGAGACCAGCUACUGCAUUGACAGUAUGGGUCACACCAACGGAGGCAACGUGGAGAUUGGACCCUGUCACAGAAUGGGUGGGAACCAGCUUUUCAGGAUAAAUGAAGCCAACCAACUCAUGCAGUAUGACCAGUGCUUGACAAAAGGACCAGACGGGUCGGCGGUGAUCGUUACACACUGUAACAUGAACGAGAACACAGAGUGGAGAUACUUCAAGGACCUCCACAGGUUCACCCACGUCCCCACGGGGAGGUGCCUGGACCGGUCGGACGUCCUCCACAAGGUCUUCAUCGCAGACUGUGACACCAGCAAAAGCACACAAAAGUGGGAGAUGAACAAUAUUGUAGCGGUUUAAAGCUACGGCCCCACAGAGGGUACUUUACUCAACAGGAAAGGGCAUCGAACACUGCACUUCAACUGUCUGCUGCAUUGAGAGGUUGUGUACGUCCGAAAUGGCACACUAUUUCCCUAUAUAGUGCACUACUGAAAUGACACCAAUACCUAAGGGCCCUGGUCAAAAGCAAUGCACUAUAUAGGGGAUAACUGUGCUCUCUCAACCAUGUCCCACGGAAGAUACGCCUCCGUACACACACUUGGAUAAUGGACCUUUUUUCAGUUGUAGAUGUUUACAUGUUCUUGCUCUUGCUCUCUUCUCUCGAUCUUUACAUCUUAUUGGGGUAUUUGGGCUAUUACUCAGGGGUCUGAGAAUUUUUCUAACUUUAAAAAAAACAUUGGUUGAGGAUUCAUUAAUCAAUGUGCAGAAUUGAACAUUCAACAUUUCAAAACCACUUCUAGUAGUCGUGUAAUAGGCUGCCCACUAGCUAGGUUUUUAAGAAUCCUGUUUUUGGAAACUGCAAUGGAUUAUAACCUGGUCUCAGAUCUGUUUGUACAAUGACCCAUAGGUGUUUAAUUGGCAAGAAAGCACAAACAGAUCUAGGACCAGGCUAGAUGGAUAAGUCCACUCAUGAGUCUUGGUCAAGAAUGAACACUGGAUGUUUUGAAAGGACUUACUACUUCAAUGAUGUUGGUCUUAGGCACAGUGAAAUUCCAAAAGCUUGAAUUGAACAUGUUGGCUCUAACUGGUGAAUUUCAAAUGGCUAUAUAAAGAAAGGGUUUGUGUUUUUAUUGUUGUUUUUAUAUAUUUCCAGCUUGGUAUGUAAAUGUUGUUGAAUGAUGACCACAAAGCAACCAGAAUCAGACACCAAUUUGUUCAAAGCAAAAUUUUGAAAAUGUGUUUUCUUUGGUGUGAUAUGUAUGCAUUUUUUAUAAUGUAAAUAGGUUUAUUUCUAAAACAUAGAGCUAUGCAGUGAGCCUUGGAUGAAGGUGUACAUAUCUAACUUAUAAAAAAAAUAUUGGCUCGAACUGUACUCAUGGCAAUAAAUUUAACCUUUUUACCAAUGA